UUUGGGUUAAAAAUAUACUAGAAAAAUUUGUAUCCUCAACUUUUUACAAAUUUUUUUCGUUGAAUCAACGUUGGUAACUUCAGUUUAAUAUGACGUUUGGGCUUCAUAAAGCCGGAUCUAAUUUUUAAAGAUACAUUUUUAAGGCGGUGGGUGAUCUUCCGUACGUUUUUGCAUAUAUCGACGAUAAUAUAUCAAUCGCGUCAAGGACAAAUGAGGAACACGAAAAGCAUCUACAAGUGGUAUUUCAGCGUUUAAAGGAAUGCGGACUACGGAUAAAUAUUUCAAAAUGGCAAUUUGGGCGUGACGAACUGAAAUUUCUUGGUUUUAUUGUAAACGAACAUAGUUGCAAACCAACUCACGCUAAAAUCGAAACAAUUACAAACUGGCCGAAACCAAAUACGAAAAAUGACCUGAGACGUUGGUUAGGUCUGGUAAAUUUUUACCGUAGAAGCAUUCCAACCGCGGCUUAAUCACAAGCUCCUCUGCAUGUCCAUUUACAAGACGCACGAAAGAAUGACAAAAGGAAAGUAGAAUGGAACGCUGAUCGCCAGUUGAAAGCAGUCAUGGAAUCAAUCAAAUAUUUCAAAUACACGUUAGAGUUUGGUGGUUUCACGAUUGUAACCGAUCAUAAACCGAUUACAUAUGCAUUAACGCAGGUAUCCGACUGAAUAUCAAAAAGUCAACAAAGUCAAAUAGAAUUUAUCUCACAGUUUACAAAUAAAAUCGUCCACAUCUCCGGGAAAGACAAUGUCAUCACUGACGCCCUAUCUCGAAUCGAAACAAUCAGCGUACCCACAUCCAUAGCGUUUUAACAAUUGGCCAACGGACAACAGGAAGACGAGGAGUGAAAAAAAUUCGCGAAUCGAAGUCAUCCCUCAAAUUAAACAAGAUAUCAUUAGGCAACGAAAGAACCGAGAUAUGGUGCGAUAUUUCCGGUGAGAAAAUGCGACCUUUCGCACCAAGAAGUAUGGAGCCCCUAAACUACCAGAAACAACUGAGACUUUGCUGUUUCUAUUUUUGUGCACUUUUUGCACUCACCGACUGGCCUAUACUGAUUUAAAAAACUCAAGCUAAUAAAAUACUUACUUUGCUUUAUUUUCUUAAAAAUAAAUUGACUAAUAUUUGCAAAAAAAAGAAAAAAUAAGUUUUUUCAAAAACGACUGGAGCGAUUUUUUUCUUUUUGGGUUCAAAAUUAUCAGGAGGAACUAGGACUAGGAACAAUAUACGCAGGCGCGGAAAUAUUUAUAUGAUCGUUUGCUAUAAAACGCCCUAUCCCACACAUUUUCCUUGCACCAGAAGUGGGACUUUUUAUGCAUGUAUUAUAUAAAGGUUUAACGUUACACAAUUAUUGUAAAAUAUUCAACAAACUAUUUUUAUUUGUAAAUAUCUCCCUUUACGCUAUUUUACACAUCUACGGAUCCACCAUUUUGAAACUUCUCUUUAAAUGUUUCUGAAAAUUGUUCCUUAUAUAAUUGCAUAUAUUUAAAAUAAGAAAAAAAAUAAUUUGAGUAAAAUAAAGAAAUUGGCUUUUGGCCAUUUUUAGUAGAUUCUGUCCCACUGUGGGACGAUGAAGAGUGUGGGAGUCCACCUUUAGGUCGCCGAAAAGUAUAAUAGAAAGGCGCCAUAAGGAUUCUCCCGCGCGCUCCCAGCCGGAGGAAGCGUGGUUGGAAUGAGCGGGAGAGGGGUUAGAUCUCCGGUUUAGUUGUGUAUACACGUGCUAAGUUGACGACUCUAUAAUUUAAUGUAAUAAGUGUUAACUAAUUGAAAUUAUAGAUUUAUCGUUAUUCCCAACAUUCUGUCUUUACUAAUUUUACACCUUACGAUCAAGUACAAUUUAUUUUCUAGUUCUCGAGGGUUGCAGUGAUUUUUCAACACCUCAUCCCCACCAUUGACAGAACAGCGUAGUUCAACACGAGACGAGGCAGUUUUGGCCAUAUUUGCCACAUCACCCCCACGCCAUUGACGACCAUCAUAUACAAGUAGGCUCGAUUCUGGGGUCAAAUUAAUUUGUUUGUAAUUCCUUAUGGUCAUCGUCAACCGUAUACGAUCGCCACCGUUUCUCGCUACCCUUUGUCGCCACCGUUUCUCGCCACCAUUUCUCGCCAUCGUUUCUCGCUACCGUUUCUUCGCCAUCGUUUCUCGCUACCGUUUCCCGCCACCGUUUUUCUCUCAAGGAUUGUUUUAAAACGUCUGAAAUAUUUGCCAGGAGACAAAAAAAAUGAAGCGAAAGAGGCAGUCAAUAACAUUAAAAGAUUUUCUACCUUCUUCAUCUACUUCUUUAAAUAAUACUUCAAAUUCUUCAAAAUGUCCUGCUACUGCCGCAUGUGGGAAUACCACGAAUAAAAAUAAGGAAAAUGCGAAACGACGUCGUGCCGAUAAAGAUAAGAAUGAUACCAAUUUAAAGAAGACUAAGAAAGAUGAUUCUUUGGAAAAGAAUAAAAAGAAAAUUACUAAAAAGAGAACGGCAAACAAAGAGGAAGAUGAAGAACCUCCUAUGGAUGAAAGAAAAAGGAAGCGACUCAAACGAUUGGGAACUCGAAAGUCGACUGUCAAAAUAUUCUUGGGCACCAUAUGUAAAUCAAAUGACGUAAAGGAGAGAAUAAUUGAAGAUGCGAAAAUAGUAUCCAGAAUGAGAAUAGAAGUUUCUUUGAUGGCGUUGCAGUCUCUUUGUCAUGACACAAAUCAUUAUUUGCUUGAAAAGUGGACGAACGAUGGUCCCAAUUAUUUAGAACUCUUUAUUGCGUUGAAAAGAAAAAUAAAUACUCAAAUUGUUCGAGAUCCUCAGUUUGUAGCGCUAAUCGAAGAAUAUAAAGUGACACGAGGCAAUAUGCCACUUUACGAUUGUGAAUAUCGUUCAUCCAUUAUUCAAGAAGAAGCUCGUAAAAUGAAUCGGGAAUUUAAAACAAGUUUCUUGAAACAUUUCGAAACUAGAUUGUCGAAAUUGGUUCAACAUCUUUUAUCAUCUAAAGAUAAUGCUUCAAACACUGAUGCUGCCGAUGACGAGGAAGAAGAGAAAAUUGUGAAGGAUGCUCUUGAUGAUGAUGCGGAAGCUGAGAGAAUUUUAAAAAUGGAAAGACGAGAGAGACACAAUAAAAAGAAGCGAAGGAAUCGCAAAAAAUUCAAAGCAAGACGUCGCAAGCUAAAAAAGAUUGAAGCAACAGCAGCAGCAUCGAGAGAGGAAAAUCAUCGUAGGACUUCCAAAGAAAUUCCAAAUUUGAAAAUUCAAGAAAGAAGAGAAAAUCGUGCCAAAGACAAUUCACAUCGUGAGAAAGUUUUUUCAAAGAGAAAAACUCGAAAAAGAAAAAAACAUUCAAAAACUCAUGGGAAAAGAAAGGAUAUAGCCUUAAAGAAUAGGUGGUCGAGCUCUGCAAGUAGAAUUCGCAACACUCUUAGCACGAGAAAAGAAGCUAUUCAAGUUGUUGAAAAGCUUCUCAACAAGAAUGUUUGCGACAUUGCCGAAUUUAAUAAUAAUUUUCUGAAUCCCCAAGAAUGGUUGAAUUUUCAAAACAUGAAACAAGACGUGAACGAUGAUGGUGAGGACGAUGAUCGCAAUUCUGAAUGGACAAAAUUCAUUCUAUUCAUGAUACGUGUUCAACAAUACUUUCACGAUAACAAUAUUCACAAUUUUGUUCUUGUACCGCAAGCUCAACUCGGCAUUGCACAUGUAUUGUACUCCAAUACAGGUCUGGAAGAUUUAAAGAAGGGUGCCGAGCAGGAUGUAUUUUUGAGAAAAGAAUUGCAGAUAAGGCAGCAGUCAAUUCCCUUUAAACAGAAGGAACGCCAAAUCAAAGAGGCCAAAACUUGCAAGAAUGUAGAAAUCAAUCGAUUUUUACAAAUCAAGAAUAAAAUUCAAAGAUGGAAGUACAUUUUUGACAUUUCCAGCGCGGAAAGGGGCAAAGUUGGUGCAUUUGCUGAAGUGAUGACAACAAAUGGCGUCGAUGCUUCAAUAAUAUUUAAUGUUCCAAAAAUGGAAUCUGUUGAAAAAAAGGAAGACCCUGCUCCGGAAACUCGUUUUAAAGUCUUUUAUGGUUUCGAUCCCGGCAAGAAGGCGACAUUGGGUGGUGUAAGAAGAGUUCGUGGUGCACAACCGUCAAUGGAAGACAAAUUGAAGGAUAAUCACAUUUAUUUAAAGAGCAGCAGUUUUCGUUGGCAGAUGAAUGAUUUCAGAAGAAGGGAAAGGAAAAAGGAAUUUGGUCUAGAUCUUCAAAAAUAUUACAAACAGUACGUGCUUGAAAAUCCAGAAAAAAUUGCCAAUUUUUCAAAAACCAACUCGCGAGAUUACAAGAGAAUCAUCGAGUAUAAGCUGCAUCUAUUCCAAAGAUUUCAAGAGUUGCACGAGCAAAAAUGUGUGGUGCGAUUAAAAAUGGACAAAUGUUUCGUGUCAGAGGGAAUGUGAAAAAUUGGUGAAUUUCUUAAUUGGAGAAACUUUUCAAAAACCUUGUUUUGUGGCUUUUGGUAAUGCAUCAUUACCAAACUUUACACGUGGCUACGUUGGUACAGCGUUGAACCAAUUGAAGAGAACGUUUGUUAAUCGAGCAAAACAACUUGGUGACAAACGCUUGAAAUUCGUUAAAGUAAAUGAGUAUCACACGACUGCGCUGUGCAGCAAUUGCUGCUUUGAUGUGAUAAAAUCCAAGAGUCCGCACAGAUUUCUGCAGUGUAAUAAAUGCCGCACUACCUGGGAACGUGACAUUAACGGUGGACGAAAUAUUCUGAACGUGGGACUCAUCGAUGAGGGAAUAAUCCCCAAGGAAGCACCAUUUGACGAAGCCACUUUCCAGUAUAGGAAAAAUUAAAUUUUCUAGACGUUUUCAUCAUUCGACGCCUUCUUUAUUGUUGUUAUCGUCGCAAUUUCGUUUGUUUACCGUCUUCAUAAACAAAUCAACGAUUAAAAAAAAAUUAUAUUCGCGCCUGGCAGCCCUCGAGGAAGUGGGAACACUGUGUUCUGCGCCCUAGAGGCGGCAUACCGGGUUCAAGUUCACUUGAAUGCAAGCUUUCAUGCGUACUGGCCCCUUAUGACUAAAUAAGGGGAGAAGGGACCUUCUCAUUAAUUCUUAUUAUCACUAUUGAUAAGAAUCAAUAAUAAGGAGAGGAAUUUUUUAAUUUUUUCUUAACGUUUCAUUUUUUCAAUUUUUAAAAAUUUUAAAUUAAUUUAUUUCAUUUUUCUUUAACAAUAGUUUUUUCCAUAGUUUUUCUUUUUUUAUUUAAAAAUUUAAAUAAUAAUUCUAUUUUAAAUUCGAUCCAAACAUAACCCUAAUAAGUACGGAUUAUCGAGCAUUUGACAAUAAUUGGUCAACGAACAGCAGGAAGACGAGGAGUGAAAAACAUUUACGAAUCGAAGUCUUCCCUUAAAUUAAACAGGAUAUCAUUAGGCAACGAAAGAACCGAGAUAUGAUGCGACAUUCCCGGAGAGAAAAUGCGACCUUUCGCAUCAAGAAGUUUACGAUGUUCCAUUUUUCAAUUAUUCCAUGGGACAUUUCACCCUAGCGCGAGAGCCACGAAACGACUUAUCAGUGUCAAAUACGUUUGGACGUCGAUGAAGUGCGACAUAAAAACCUGGGCCAGAGGAUGCAUUUAAUCAGCGAGCUAAAGCGGGACGGCAUGUUCAUGUGAAGCCGGCACAAUUUGCUUCCCCAUCAGCACGUUUUAAACACGUUCACAUAGAUAUUUUCGGACCUCCCCCAGAAUGUGACGGAUUUCGAUAUUAUUUAUCAAUGAUCAAUGGGUUACAAGUUUUGGAAGUCCCGAAACAAUAACUUCUGGCCAAGGUGCUCAAUUCGAGUCCACAAUGUUCACGGAAUUGUAAAGCGUGAGUGGAUGUAUCAGGGUGCGAACCACCCCAUAUCACCCGGCAUCUAACGGCACUCUCAAUCGAAUAACGGGUCAUCCCCUUCCGAAUUUCUGUACGGUUUAACCCUCAGAAUCCCCGGAGAACUAAUCGUUCCUGGGGACGAACCGACUGACCUGCGAAAUUUUUAGUCCUAAUUCCGCCGCAAUAUGCAUAAGCUACGUGCAAAACCAGUGGAACGUCACAUCAGAAAUAAUAUUUUCAUACACAAAGAAUUGAACGACUGUUUACACGUAUUCCUUCGCGCACUAUCCAACAACAGAUCUUUGCAGUGCCCAUAUACUGGCCCACAUAGAGUUAUUGAAGGAAACGCAGACAGAACGCUUAAAAUUGAUGUCAACAGAAAAAUGAAAAAUGUUUUCAUCGAAAAUGUUAAGCCAGCGCAUUUUGCUCCUUGCAAAAAGUGUAUAAAAAUUCGAAAUGUAGGUAACGAACACACCGAUACUCGUGAAAUCAAUGUUAAAUUAGAUAGAAAAAUAAGCCCAACAUAUGAAAAUCUACCCAUAGACAACAUUUUUAAUUAUGAUUCAAACCCCGAAAACAACCAAACUAUAAACUUAGACAAUGCGAAUAACUCGGUUCAACGAAACGAAACAUGUAAUCGACAACUCAAAUCAUUAGAAGGAUUAAAUUUUAAAAUUAAAGAAAAAGCUAACUUAGAUAAUCGCGAAAUCAAUACAGAAUAGAAAGAUAAUAGAAACUUGACAAAUAUAAACGAACGAUGCGAUAAGCAAGUUAGAUUCUAACUAGGAGACUCAGUCGAGACAAACAAAUGUAAAAUAAACUCGAGACCGAACACUGCAAGUAAUAGGGAGAAAGACACGCUUCAUAUUCAUAAAACAAAUCAACCUAUAAAAAAAAUUUAUUCCCGCAAUUUUGAGAAGGGGCAUUACUUUUAGACAAUACUUAACAUAAAAAAAUAAUAAUAAAAAGAAAAACACAUUUCGGCAUAUAGGAUGUGAGUCGUGUCUCCCUCGAGAGGAAUCUUGGAACACUCGGGUGUCGAAGCCAUAAAAAAAGAAGAAGAAGAAGAAGCCGGAGUAAGCGUGGAUGGAAUGAGCGGGAGAGGUUAAAUCUUCUCCCAGUUUGGUUGUGUAUACACGGAAAAAAUAAGUUCAGCAGAUUUUACGAAACUAAUUUCGCACUAGCGGAUAUUUAAGAUUCCUAGACGAAGUUUUUCAAAAACCCAGAAACUUUCACUACUUUAAGCAG